UUCAGCCACACUUCACACAAGUCAUCCAGAAGUUCUGUCAAGGUAUUCCUGUUCCAGUUAAUGCUACAUCAGUGAGAUGGAAGAGCAGGAAAUAAAUGUGGGAAUGCCAGUCUGGUUUGACAUUGGGAGGGAAUACCUGCUUCCAGGUGUUAUCAAAGAAAAGAAAAUAGCCACAGGAAAGUCAGGAACAUUUCUCACAGUGAGAAACCUCUUGGAUGCAAAGAUGUACUCCCUGGGUACUCAACCCUUGGUGCAAUUUCGGAAACACCUAGAAGAAGAUGGAAUUGAAGAUAUGACUCAGCUAGAAGACCUACAUGAUGGUGCAGUGUUGUACAAUUUAAAGAAGAGGUUUGAAAAGCAAAUGAUAUAUACAUACAUCGGCAGCAUCCUCCUUUCUGUGAAUCCAUAUAAAAUGUACAACAUUUACGGGACUGACACCGUGCUGAAAUAUAAAGGAAAAUCAUUUAUGGAUAACCCACCCCACCUCUUUGCCAUUGCUAACGUGGCCUACUCAAAAAUGGUUGAUGCCAAACACAAUCAGUGCAUUAUUAUCAGUGGUGAAAGCGGUUCAGGCAAGACUGAAGCCACCAAACUGAUUCUCCGCUAUCUGGCUGCUGUGCACCACAGACACAAAGACAGUGUGACCCACCAGAUUCUUGAAGCCACCCCCCUUCUGGAAUCAUUUGGAAAUGCCAAAACUGUACGAAAUGAUAAUUCCAGUAGGUUUGGGAAAUACAUUGAAAUUUUUUUGCAGGACGGGGUGAUAUGCGGUGCCAUAACCUCACAGUAUCUUCUUGAAAAGUCGAGGAUUGUGUUUCAGGCCAAAAAUGAACGAAAUUACCAUAUUUUCUAUGAGAUGCUGGCAGGACUCUCGAGUCAGCAGAAGCAAAGGUUCUACCUACAGGAGGCUGAGACAUAUUAUUACCUGAAUCAGGGUGGAAAUUGUGAAAUUUGGGGGAAGGAUGAUGGGGAGGACUUUCUCAGGCUGCUCAGCUCAAUGGAGGUGCUUGGUUUUAGCCCAGACGAGCAGAACACCAUCUUCCUAAUUCUCUCUUCAGUUCUUCACCUGGGGAACGUCUACUUUGAGAAAUAUGAGACCGAUUCGCAAGAGGUGGCAUCAGUAGUGAGUGCGCAUGAGAUCCGAGUAGUGGCUGAGUUACUACAGGUCUCUCCUGAGGGUUUGCAAAAAUCUAUCACAUAUAAAGCGACGGAAACCAUGAGGGAAAAGAUUUUCACCCCUCUUACAGUGGAAAGUGCCGUUGAUGCCAGAGAUGCUGUUGCCAAGAUCCUUUACUCUCUGAUCUUCAACUGGCUGACUGACAGGAUAAACAGAUUGGUUUCCCCAAAGGCAGAAACAAUGUCUAUAGCUAUCUUAGAUAUUUAUGGAUUUGAGGAUUUGUCUAUAAACAGUUUUGAACAGCUGUGCAUUAAUUAUGCUAAUGAGUACCUACAAUACUUUUUCAAUAAGAUCAUCUUCAAACUGGAGCAGGAGGAAUAUAUCAAAGAACAGAUUGACUGGAAACAAAUUACUUUCAGCGACAACCAACCCUGCCUUGAUCUUAUUUCACAGAAGCCUUAUGGGAUCCUCAGGAUAUUGGACGAUCAAAGCUCUUUCCCACAGGCAACUGACCAUACCUUCCUGCAAAAAUGUCACUACCACCAUGGCAGCAAUCCUCUGUACUCAAAGCCAAAGAUGCCUCUGCCUGAAUUUACCAUCAAACAUUAUGCUGGGAAAGUGACUUACCAGGUCCACAAAUUUGUUGAGAAAAAUCAUGAUCAAGUUCGACAAGACGUCAUAGAAUUGUUUGUGAACAGCAAAAUAAAGAUUCUGACCAGUCUAUUCAUGGGGCAAACCAUGAAGAUGAUGUCUAAUAAGAACAGUACCAUCAGCCGUAGGUAUGCUCCCACCGUGGCAGCCAAAUUCCAACAGUCUCUGAUGGAACUGGUGGAGAAGAUGGAAAGCUGCAAUCCUUUCUUUGUUCGCUGCAUCAAGCCAAAUAACAAAAAGGAGCCUGAACUCUUUGAGGUUGAUGUUGUCAGCUCACAGUUGCGGUAUUCUGGGAUUCUAGAGACCAUCCGGAUUCGUAAGGAGGGCUAUCCUGUGAGGAUCACCUUUGAUAAUUUCAUCAAGAGAUACAAAAUCUUAUUGGGACUUACAAAUCAAAUAAAGGCAGAUGGUGAAAACUGCAUUGCCAUUUUGAAACAGAUUGUUCCUGUCAGCAGAGGAACAUACAGCAUAGGACUUACCAAGCUAUUCAUCAAGGAGAAUUUGUACCACACUCUAGACAGUAAACGAGAUGGCCUGAUGCUCAUGGCCUCUCUCACUCUGCAACGAUAUGCUCGUGGAUUCUUUGCCAGGAAACGUUAUACAAAGCUCCGGAGAACAACCAUUCUGCUGCAGGCUGCGGCUAGAGGCUACAUUACCAGGAAAAAAUUCAAAAAGUAUAAGCAAAGCUUGAUUAAAGUCCGAUCCGUUGUUCUCAUGUUUACAAAUCGUAGGAGAUUCCUCAGGAUCCGAGAACAAAAUCGGGAGCGGAUUGAGAUGGAACAAACAAUGAGAGAGGUGGUGAAUGUUGCUCAUCUGGAUAUUCCAGCAGAGUUGGCUGCCUUACUCCAAGCUGCAGCAGUUGGGAAAGAAACCCAAGCAGAUUGCAUUAUCCAGACAGAAAUUCCAAAGGUGCUUUCAGAGCAACAACUAUCAAUGCCUCUUGAUAUCAACAACUACCCUUUCUCCAGAUUCGUAUGGACUCACUUCAGGGACCAUUUAUUUGGUAUGUUGACCUCUCCACUGGAAGAAGCAUUGACCCAAACAGAAGAGGACAUAACUCAUGAAACUGUUACCGUCUUCAAGCUGAUACUACGAUUCAUGGGGGACCCACAUCUGAAUGGAACUCAAGAAAUCCUCUUUGGUAAUUACAUAGCCCAAAUAGGAUUGGCCAACUCCAACCUACGCAAUGAAAUCUUCGCUCAAAUAGCCAAUCAAGUAUGGAGAAACAUCAAUGAUAAGAAUGCAGAGAGAGGCUGGCUCUUAAUGGCUACAUGUCUCAGUAGCUUUGCUCCUUCUUCUAAGAUGGACAAGUACCUUCUGAAGUUUGUGUCCGAUCAUGGUUUCAAUGGGUUUAAGUCUGUAUGUCAGCACAAGUUAUUGCAGGCAAUGCAUAAAGCCAAGUAUGGCCCUGAGGGAGCCAGAGGUUAUCCACCCUCCCUGCUGGAAUGGACAGGCAACAAGAGGAAGGCUAACAUUGCAAUAGAGGUAUCCUGCUUUGAUGGCAAGAAUUUUAUGUGCCCUGUGAACUCAUGGACUACAGGAGAAGAACUGGGACAAGAUCUCCUGCGGCACAGGGAUAUUACAGAAGGAUGGCGAGGUUGGACUGUGGGAAGGAAGCAUAAAGGCGAAUGGACUGAGCUUGGAGGUCAUGACUAUGUCAUGGACUUGGUGUCUGACCUGGAGCUCCCGACAGAUUUUCCAAGGCAGAAAUCCUUUUUUAUGAUUUCUUCUGAGGGAAAGACAAAAAGCCGGAAGAGUCGAAACGUUGUUUUUGGCCAUGGUUUUGACUCGGAUGAAGAUAUUCCCUCGCCCCCUGUCACCCAGGCACCUGUCUUUGUGCCAGAUUCGGAGAGAUAUCCCACUGGAUCCAUUAGGCGAGAUUCCGAUGCCUUCAAUGAACGGCGGUCUCAAAAAGGACUUGAUCGCUAUCUUGAUAGCUUGUUUGAUCCUGUUUUAUCUUAUGAAAACGGGGUAAGGAAACGAACUUCCUUAGUGUCAAACAGAAUGAAAGGAGGCGGAAAAGUAGGACCUGGCAAUGGAGACGGAACUCAGCUGGGUCAUCAGGGACUUGCCAAGAGGCCAGGAGCCCAACAGCGCUAUGAUCUGCCUCAAAUAAAUGCCCAGCAGCAAGAUUUCAUUAACCAGCAAGCUUACCUUCUGGCCCAGCAAAUGACCAUGCAGGCCAUGGCUCUCCAACAGCAAAUGACAAGUGCCAGCCCCCCAGAUGCCAUGCUGAACCACAAUCCAAGCCUGAACCACAACCACAGCACUGCCAUGAAACCCACUACCAGCAACCAAAAGUCACCCAACCAGAAAAUGGGCCUUCCUCCACAGACAAAUGCUGCCAAUAAAGAUUUUGUCCAGCCAGAGAUCUCCCACCAUGCUGCCAAAGGAAAGCCAGCUGUCAUCACACCCAGAGCUUCCCAAACACCCAAACUCAAUGUUGCAACACAAGACCCCGUUCGACACAUGAUGUUGAAUUCAGGGCACCUUCCAGAGCCCACACACAACAUCAAGGACAUUAUAAAGCAAUACGAGCAGCCAGCAAUUCGCAAGCAAGCUGGACCAAUCAGGAAAGAAGGUGGUAAGAUUUUCACCAGGAGGACAGAUCCCCAUGAAGAGGCCAUGUCUAUCUUGAAAGGACAGAAAACACAGUAUGUAUCCCAGAAACCACAACCUGCACCGUUAAAAAAGAGCUCUAAUGAAACCGUCGCCAUGGUGAAGCCAGUUGGUGGCUCAGCAAUGAAAGCCAGCACCCGCCCAAUGCCAGCAGUCUCUUCCAGGCAUCCUAUAUUCUCAGGAGCCUCAAUAUCCAGAGAGCUGACAGGAAACGAUGAGAGAAUCCAGACUCAACUACACAGGCAGCCUUGUGAAGCCUGCUACACCUACAGCAACGUGUCCUGGAAUAUCUGUGCCCGUAAAGAGGUGUUUUAUCCAAAUGAUAAUUUCCACAGCCCGGUAGUACUGGAUCUAAUUUUCAGACAGAUUAUCUAUGAUACAUUUUCUGAAACCUGUGUGAGACUGAACAAAGAGCAGCAAAUGAAGAUGAGAUCAUUGCUCGCUGAAAACAACAUUCAAGCCUCGACCUUGGUGAAGGAUGAGGUUGUCAAGAGGAAGAUUGUGACGACUGCCAGAGAGUCUUGGGAUAUUUAUUUCUGCCGUCUGUUCCCUGCCUCUGGCAGCGUUGGAACUGGAGUGCAGGUUCUGGGAGUAUCCCACAAAGGAAUCAAUCUGCUGAAACUAGUGCGAAGCCGCAGUACGCCAACAGAGAAUCUGAGGGUACUCAGAAGCUACAGCUACACAGAUAUCUUAUUUGUCACCAUCCCUUCUGAAAACAUGUUGGAUUUCAACCUCACCAAUGAGAAGCUGAUUUUAUUUUCCUCCAAGGCUCCACAAAUUAAGAACAUGAUUGAUUAUUUCAUCACUGAGCUGAAGAAGGAUUCUAAUUAUGUUGUGGCCGUGAAGAGUCAUAUCACAAAUGACAGCUCCUUCCUUCGGUUCCACAAGGGAGACAUCAUCUGCCUACAAUCCUCGGAUGGUGUGGAGGAAGGAUGGAAGUUUGGAGCUUUCCACGGCAGGUCUGGGUUGGUUCCUCUAGAAUAUGUGCAGCCCGUGGCUGCUCCAGAUUUUAUUCACCUGAGCACAGACAAGAAGGAAGAACCAAAGGACAAGAAGGGCAAAGUGGCAGCUUCCUCUUCAGCACUAGUGGCAGCUGCUGUGGGAUCAACGGCAGCCGCUGAGGAACUUGACAGGAAAACAGAGGCCUCCCCUCCAGAAUUUGUGGACAGUAUUCCUGAAUAUGGCAUUCAGGAUAGCCAAUACACCAUGAUAGAAUUUGCAAAGAAAUACUUCCGCAAAUCACCUAAGUUUAAAAGUGAAUCCAACAGAGAGAAAUCUAAAAAAUCAAAAGAUCAGAAAGAUCUGUCAGAGCUGGUGAAGUACACCAAGACUCCCAUACAAGAGUCCCUGAUUGAAUUCUCAGAUGAAAAUAUGAACAAGAUAGCAGCUGAGAUUUUUGUUGCUGUCAUGAAAUUCAUGGGGGAUCAUCCUUUCAAAGGUCAGACAGAACAAGACGUGAUCUAUACCAUCCUUAAGCUAUGUGGCGAACAUGAGGUGAUGAAAGAUGAAACCUAUUGCCAGAUUAUCAAACAGAUUACCGACAACACCAGCUCCAAAACAGAUAGCAUCCAACGUGGCUGGAGGGUGCUUUAUAUCCUCACCGCCUAUUACAAGUGUUCUGAAGUACUUAAACCAUACCUUUUUAAAUUAAUGGAGACCGUUUGCAGAAUGCCUGGUGCCAGUUUUCAAGGAAUUGCAAAAGCUUGUCAUCAAAAUCUGAAGAAAACUUUCCAGUUUGGUGGUAGGAUCCAGUUCCCAGAUGGCAUAGAGCUCAGAGCCAUGGUGGCUGGGAGAAGCUCUAAGCGGCAAGUCUUUUUGUUGCCUGGAAAUGUGGAGCGACAUCUGAAGAUAAAAACCUGCUCGGUUGCAGUAGAUGUGAUUGAAGAUUUAUGUACUGAAAUGGGUCUGCAGAACCCAGAGGCUGCAGAGGAAUAUUCUGUUUUUGUCAUCACCAACAAAGGGCAAAACGUACAGCCACUUAACAAGAAAGAUUAUAUCCUUGAUGUAGCUGCAACAACAGAACAGGCGGAUCCAAACUUUACCUUCUGCUUCAGACGAAUCCUCUGGAUUCAGCCUCUGAAAUUUGAGAAUGAAUUGUGCGUGACUGUGCACUUUAACCAGAUUGUUGCAGAUUACCUGAAGGGGCUCUUCCAUGUCCUUAGUCAGGAGAUGACCAGUGAUAGUAAACUCCAGCAAAUGUCAAAACUGGCAGCUCUACAACAUCGGGCAAAGGACGGUCUCUAUCUUCCCACCACUCGUGAGGUUCAAGAUUACGUCCCUGUGAAGGUUUACCAACAUCAGCGCCCACAAUCUUGGCUGAGUAUGGUAACUCAGAAUACCCAGCAUGUCCAGGCCCUUAGCCCACAUCAGGCCAGAGCCCAGUUCCUUGGUCUUGUGAGUGCAUUCCCUAUGUUUGGAUCAUCGUUCUUCUACAUUCAGAGCAGCAGCAACAAUGCAAUAGUUGCACCCUGCAUUCUAGCUGUCAAUCAAAACGGACUCAAUUUUUUGGACAAGGAGACUCAUGAGCUGAUGGUCAGUUUCACAUUGAAGGAGGUACAGUCCACACUAACCGAACGAUUGGAUCCCACGAACAGCUAUCCAUAUGUUGAGAUUAAACUUGGAGACUUGAUGUCGCAAAGAAUAAUGCAACUUCAACUUGACCAGGCUCUGGAAAUGUGCCGUGUCACAGCCAUGCACGUGGAGGCAAUGCUAUUGGCUCGAGAGAAGAGGCUGACCCUUCCCCCCAGUGAGAUUACCAUGCUGUGAGUGGCCCUGGCUGGCCAGUGGAUCUACUGGAACCUAAUAUAGGAACUGUACUCUCAUCAAUUCAACAGGCCAUAAAAUGAACACCAAGAAUAAACAUGACAUCUGUUACAUUGUAGAGAAUAAAAUAUUAAAUAUCACAGUGAAAUGUAAAAAGUCAGAUUGUCAGCUUCAAUAUAAAUAAUUGUUUUUUGAUUUUUUCAGCUCCUAAACAUUGGUACAUUGUAAAAGUGCAAUAAAUACGACAUGUUUUUAAAAUAAUAUUUUGAAUAUAUUCAAUGCAACAAGAUUUUAUUUUGAGGUUUUACAACAUCUCCCAUCUAUUAUUAGUUGCAUAUUAACACUAAAUUUCCAUAUUUUUAUAUAGAAUUAAAAGAUUUUUGGUGCUUGCAUUCGGUAAAUGUGGUAUAUUUUUAUAAAACUAGAAUUGAAUCAUCUGUUGAAUAUUUGUAUUAUAGAAUCCAGAUGAAUUACUUCUUUUUUGUACAAUCUCUUGCAUGAACUUUAAUUACAUUGCUUUUUGAGGACACAGUGAACUUCUUCCACUUGCUUUCAGUUUUAUUUCCCAGAAAAACUAUAUUGAUAAAGGAUGAACAUCGAUAAUAUCUGCAAUGGUAAAUAUAAAUAAUGCUUUUAACAUUGCUUAAGUUUCAAAAUUCACUCCUUUGUACUCUGACAUUUUCAUUUUAAAACUGAUCUAUGCAGGUUUACUCGAUUUCCCUUAGUAAUCUCCAGUAACUACUUACAAACAAUCCUUUGCAAUAAAGAUUCAUGUAAACCAUG